AAGAAGCUGUGCAUUUAUGUAGAAGUGUCAGUUCUGGAAGGAAAGCUGUAUAUCCUCUUGCAGAGGAGGCGUUAAAUAAAUGGGUUGUUCAAUUACGACAAGAUGUUAGGCAAAAACUUUCUCAUGAAUUAUCUGAACAAUUAGAUCAGUUUUAUGAAUUUAUCAAAAAGUCGCAACAUAUAAAUAACUAUAAGUUAUCCUAUAUAGCAAAUAUAGAUGAAAUGCUUAUUUACUUUGAUAUGGUUGGCAAUCUUACUGUAGAUUACUAUUUAGCAAAAACAGUUCAAAUAAGAACUACAGACGAAACUUUAAUGAAUAAAUGGUUAGAUGAAAUUUGGAAAAAAAGGAUUUCAACUUGUGAACAAAAAU